AUGAGUGUUUUGAAAGAAUAUGUCAAAAAACUUAAGCCAGUUGAUAGGUAUUGUUCAAUCCUUUUUGAUGAGAUAAGUCUAAGUAGCGGUAUUCAGUACACACCGGCAACAGAUGUGAUUGAUGGAUUUGUUGAUUCUGGUGCCUAUAAAAAUCAAAGCUUGGCUGAUCAUGCACUUGUUUUUACGGUUCGAGGGAUUAGAAAAAAGUUUAAGCAACCGAUAUGUUAUACGUUUUGCCAAGCAGCCACCAAACAAAAUGAGCUAGUGCGACUGUUGAAAGAGGUUAUUCGUGAAGUACACAAAACUAGGUUAAUUAUUGUUGCCAAUAUUUCUGACCAAGGACGAGCAAAUUAA